UCUUGUGCAGCGUCCGGCUUUGGAGUCCCCGCUAUCAAGCCCUCAGGAUCACGAGUGGUGAAUGGCGAGGAAGUCGUACCCCACAGCUGGCCCUGGCAGGUGUCGCUCCAGUACAUCUCUAAUGGAUACUGGUAUCAUACAUGUGGUGGAAGCCUCAUCUCAUCCAGCUGGGUGCUGACCGCCGCUCACUGCGUCAGUUCCUCUUACACCUACCGUGUCAUGUUGGGCAAGCACAACUUUCGGGAGCUUGAGCCCGGUCAGAAGACCAUCAGUGUGGUCAAACUGAUCAACCAUUCAAAAUGGAACCCAAACAGACUCUCUGCAGGAUUUGACAUCUCUCUUCUGAAACUGGAACAACCAGUAGAAUUUAGUGAUACUAUCCAGCCUGUAUUGCUGCCCCCUGCUGGUUAUAUCCUGCAAAACAAUUACAGCUGCUAUGUCACUGGAUGGGGCAACCUGCAAACUAAUGGACCUUCUCCUGACAGGCUGCAGCAAGGUCUUCUGCUGGUGGUGGACCACGCCACCUGCUCUCAGUCUGACUGGUGGGGUAGAUCAGUUCAAACUAACAUGAUUUGCGCCGGUGGAGAUGGCAUCAUCUCAAGCUGCUAUGGAGAUUCUGGAGGACCCUUGAACUGCCAAAAUGACCAAGGCGCCUGGGAAGUCCAUGGCGUGGUCAGUUUUGGUUCCUCCCUUGGAUGUAACUACUACAAGAAGCCAUCUGUCUUCUCCCGUGUCUCCGACUACGACAGCUGGAUCAGUACGACAAUUGCAUCGAACUAAAGUCAAG